UUCCAGAAUGAAGGACAAACAACACUUUAUCCUUCCAGAGUAGUACCUAGGAGACUGGUGUGAUUAAUUGAUCAAAGGAGUAAACUUCCUUUCUUUGUUUCUGAGAAGUGAAAACAGUGGAGGCCCACAGACAAUAUCUCAGGGCUAAAUGUAAUUAACUGAGAUGCUAAGGAGAAAGCUGAGAGAGAAGAAAUCACUGAGGUGUGGGUCUUGCGAGAUGAAGGGGGCUAAGAAGGGGAUUUUCCCAUUGUGCUACUCAUUCUGAAAGUGAAAAUUUAUACCUUCUUAGUGUUAAUGGGAAAGGGGAGGAGGUCCCUUAGAAAAUUACUUGGAGCCAGCACCAGUUCAUUUUGAGUCAUUCUUGCUCAGAGCAGAGAUUCCAACUGAAGCUGUGUUCCCCACUGAGAAGCCUCCUGGAAGGACGUUAGAGAUAGGUUUCCUCCUGGGGAGAUGCCUUUUUCUUUGACUUCUAUGAAAAUGGAGAGGUAGUCUAUUUGAGGGACUGAGGAGAGAUUGGCUUUGACAAAGUGCCUGAGGCAUGGUUAUAGUUACAAAUUCCUUGCCCUGCCUAAUCCCCAGUUUCCUGUUUUGUAAAAACAAGGCUUUUCCUUCCUACAAUAUCCUAACUGCCACAGGUUUAUUAAAAAAAAACAGAAAUCAGAGACUGGCAGUUAGUAGGCCGUGAGGUGAGCAGGAUAUCACAGGAGACCAGGUCCACUCAAGGGGAGCAGUGUCUGGAUUUUGAUCCCCUGAUAAUUAAAAGUGGAGUAUCUGGGCUAGCUAGAAUGGGUAUUCACAUUGAAUUCAUUAGGGAGCUCCUGAGCUAGGCUCCGAAAGACAUUGGAGUAAUCCCAUAUUGGUUGUUUUCACUGGGGGGACCUACAAUGCACUCAACAGGCAGCCGACAAGCCAAUACGGAGCACUUAGCAUACACCAAUCUGUGUGCUAAGUGCCAGGGAAUUAGAUGAAGAACCAGUCAAAAAGACUGGGAAGGAGGAGUUAGACCCCUAGAAGGAGACCUGGGAGAAGGCAGCGUUAUGAGGGAGAGUUUAUUUGAUGGGGGAAAAGAGGGGUCUGUUUGUAGGCAGGAGCCAGUAGGUUGGGAAAGGAUAGAGAUUAGAGACAGGGGCAUGCCUGAAUGUACAGUCUGAUGGGCAAGGAUGGAAGGGUUGGGAUGAAUGGUAACUCUCGAGAGGUUUGUCCUGACAGAGAGAAGGGUUACUCUUCCAGAGAGAGAGGUAAGAGAAAACAUCUUCCUGAGGAAGGGGUGGGGAGAUUGAUUUGAAGGAAGAAUAUAGGCAAAGGACUCUUGAUCCAAUGACUCAAUAUCAUCCGGCUCAGAAUGAGGUAGCAUACUAAACUGAGGAAACAGGAGAGGACAUGUUGAAGAUGGCUUGAGGGUGAAAAUGUUUAUGGUAGCUGCCAUGGGGAAUUGGAUUAUGAAUCAAAUACAGAGUUGUGAAAGGAUUAGUAAAUGCUUACAAAUUGAAAGAAAUUUAGAAGUAAUGAUUUUUUUCUCUUUUUACCAUGAUAUUUUCCACAUGAUUUUGUUCAUACAUUGGAAACAGUUGACUAUACUCUAUCCUUAGAAAAUUCAUUCUCUGUUUCUCCCUUUUCACAAUCUAAAUCUUAAGAAAAAAGAAAUAUGUAGUCUUUCUCUUCACCUUACCAAGAUGGCAGCUAUGUUUGAGCACACCCACAGCCAAGUUGUAGAGAGAAAUGAAAACAUGACAGAAGUGAGAGACAAAGAAAAAGAAUUAGAGAAAGAAACUUAAUCAAGCAGCAACAAACAAACAAAUAAAUAAAUAUAGCACAUCUUUCAGCUCCACGGUGGCCAAAGGGGCCACCAUGCUGACAUUGAGGUGACCCAGAGAGUGGUACAAGCAAAGCGGUUCUGAUUGACUUUCCUUUCUUUGGGCUGACUUUGCUACCUGUUUGUCUGAGAAAAAUUUGAGAUUUGGAAGAUGCUCUUGUAUGUCCCAGCCUCCCACUUACUGAAGAGGGCAAUUAAACUAAAGACAACAACAAGGUUGACACAUGGCAAGCAUGACUGCAGCAACGAAUACAGUGAGAGUUGCAGUCACCACAACCACGCUAUGAUGUCUACAGCAAUGGCAAUGCUGGCAGCCAUGGUGGCUAAACUUGCAGAACAAGGAAUGCACACAGGUUCCCUCCAAUUUCACAACCUGGGAGCUACAUUUGAGCUUACCCACAAAAGGUUAUGGAGAAAGGUUAAAAGAAAGAUUUGAAAGUGAGAGAAAAGGAGAAAGAAUUGAAGAAAAAGAAUAAAUCAAGCAGCCGACAAAAAGAUAAUGAAAACGCCAUUCAGGCUCCAUUUUGCUUUCAAGUGUCCCAGAGAGUGGUAGACAUGAAAAGAGUUGUAAUGAAGAAUUGACUGUGCUUCCUUCAUCACUCUAGUUUAUUCAGCAACAAUUUGAAGAUUUGGAAGAUGCCCUUAUAUGUCCUAACCUUUCACCUUCCUACCAGAUUGAUGAAAGUAAAGACAAUACCAAUGUCCAGGAGAUCCUUGGGAGAGAGCAUAUAAAAGGCUGGCACAAGCCCGUGUUCACACCUGAUUCCUGCUCAGAGCAGAGAUUGCAAUUGCAGUGAGAAACCCCCAACAAGAAUAUCACAGUCAAAUUCCAAGAACAAGGAACUCAGUCAAAAGGCCCACCCAAGGACCUAGAAAGCCACAUGUUUCUCCACCUCUAGUUUAGAAGAUUCCAUGAGAUUAAUUGAUCAAAAUUCAUUGUUUCUGAGAGUGAAUAGUUGGAUUUCCCUCAAAAAGUAUCUCAGGGCAAAGGUAACUAGCACUCAUUCUGACAAUGGGGGUUCACACCUUCUAAAUGUGAAGUUGGCAUGGCAAGAGAUCCCUGGGAGAAAGCAUAUAAAAGGCCAGCACCAGUCCAUUUUCAGCAUUCCUGCUCAGAGCAGAGAUUGCAGUUGGAGUUCUGUUCCCCCCACCCCAGAAGCCUCCAGUAAGGACAUCAAAGGACAUUUUGAAUACUUGGAAGAUGCCCUUAUGUGUCCUGACCUCCCUCCUGCCUACCAGACUGAUGACAGUAAAGACAAGAGCAGUGAUGACAGUGAUGGUGACAAUUCUGAUGACAGCACUGAGAAUCAUGACAGUAGCAGUGAUCACAGUGACAAUCACAGCCAUGAUGGUCAUGCCAAUGAUGUCUACAGCAAUGGCUGUGUCAAACUCCACCAACAAGGAAUGCAUACUGUUGGCUCCCACCUUCACAACAUGCAAACUGAGUUAGAACAGAGCUGCACAAAUGCUGUAGAGAGAAGUGGAAGAGCUGUAGAACCGGAAGAGGAAGAGGAAGAAGUGCACAAAGAGAAUGAAGCAAGUCAGCAGACAGAGCAGGAAGCCCCACCUUCAGGCUCCACUUUGGAUGAUGGUGGCACCAUGUCUGCUUCUAGUGACCUAGAGAGCUGUGAAAGUGAAGGGAGUCCUGAUGAAGAAUUAUUGGUGCCUUCUUUGCCCCCCUCAUUUAUCCCAGGACAACUGGGAGAUUUUGAAGAUGACCUUUUGUAUCCCAGGCUCCCACCUGUCUCUCAGAUACCAAGCAAUAGUGAGUCAGAACUUGCCAGAUGGGAGAAGACAGAGCAGCAACCCAGCUUCAGUUCCUCUUGUGAUCUUUGCCUUUGUAGGUUGAUCUGAGGGAGAUUUGGUGCCAUUUCCCAAUGCCAGCAGGAAACCCAAGGCAGCUAAUGUGUAUUCAGACUCUAGAGCCUGCUAGUGACCAGAAGAAAUGCUACAAGGGGGUUGAUGGUGAAACCACCACUUACCUCUGGGGCUUUCCUCAGAUUCUCUCCUGUUUUUCUUUUUCUCAAGUGGCUAGCAGGAUAUAAGGGAAGUCUAUACACUAUGAAAGUCAGUUGAUCUGCACCUUCCUGCUUUCUUCCUUCUUGAGGCAGCUUUUAAGACCACUAAAAAUUUAAGUUAAGAAUAACCUCAAAAUAAUAACAAUGAAUGAGGCAGAAUGACACACAAAAACCCAUCCCCAAUGAAGGGAUCAGGGAAGACUCCCUAACCCACCACUUUGAAGACAUGGGAGGUUUUUGGUUUGGUGUGGAUUUUUUUUUUAUGUGUUGAUCAUUUGUACUGACUUUUCUCUUCCCUUUUUACCCUCUGAAGAAAAAUCAUUUGUUAUCUGAGAUGGCUGUCUGGAAGAGGAUGGGGGAGGAAUGUGGGUUAAGAUUCUGGUGAUAGAGAGAAAAAAAAACAUUUCAAUAAAAUUUAUUUUUUAAAAUCACA